GUGAGGACGUGUCGAGCUACAAUGGACAGAAAUCGUAUUGAAAGGACCGCUUCUAAACGUUGGCGCGGCUCGAUCCGUCGCCUCAUAGCGGCCACUGUAUACAAUCUGUCCUGUUUCACACACGGCUGCAGUACUGGUUGGGUGUCAGGGGUUCUCGGUAACGAGGCUCUGACUGGUGGAGCCUGGCUGGCUGCCCUGCCAUGCCUGGUAGCGCUGCCAGCCGCUCCGAUGUUCGCUGUGCUGGCAGAUAGCAAGGGACGGAAGGCCGGCGCUUUUGUUAUUUGUAUAAGUUUUAUUAUAAGCUGGUCGCUGGCCGCGUGGUUUGGGGCUCGCGGCGUGUGGGUGGCGCGAGUAGCAGCGGGUGCUGGAGGGGCCGGUGCCCUCGCCCUGGCCCCUCUGUACUGUGCGGAGAUCGCACCAAGAACCAGAGGUUUGGCAGCCAUGCCAGCACUCGCUUGCAGCUGUGGCAUACUGUUCGCGUACGCAGCUGGCGGAGUGUUGUCAGCGCACGCCUUAUCUCUAUCGAUGGCUGGUCCACCUGCUAUACUACUGUUCUCACUGAUCUGGCUGCCGGAGACACCUUCGUUUCUUAUUAGUAUUGGAAAAAUUCAGGAAGCAGCAAAGAUUAUGUGCUGGUUUGAUGGUUCAGACUUCAGAGAGGAUCUCACUGACGUGAUCGAGCAGCAAGAGGUCAAGAUACGGAUCUCAGAAGGUUACGGGAGGAAGGAGCUGCUGAGGCGACAGGACUCGGACACCUUCAGACCCAUGCUGAAGAGAAGUAGCGGCCUCGAGUCGAACUCGGAUAAAGAAAAGGACGACCAAUCUGUGUGCAAAGAAUUAUUCCGUCGCUCAUCAUCACGCCGGGCGCUCCUCUCGUGCGUGGUUGUGGUGUCUGCUGCCGCGGGUUCCGGCGCCGUUGCUGUCAAUAGCUUCGCAGCAGCGGUCGUCAGGCAUUCCACGCACCGAGUACCCGUCCUUAACGACACGGCGUACAACUUCACUAUAUAUAAUGGGACAGUUCCAAGAGCUUUAUUUGAGUCGUCUGAGGCUGGCUCUGUGCUGUGCGGAACAGCGCUCGUGCUCGGCGCAGCAGUGGCCACUGUUACCGUCGAUAAAGUUGGCAGAAAGACGCUGCUUCUUCUGUCUUGUUCCGGAAUCGCGUUCGGUUUGACAGUUCUUGGAAUUUACUGUGAUCCUCAGUUACGGAUGCACUCUCGCUAUCUCCAUAGAGUGUGGCCUUUGAGGAAGAGCACUUACAAGGAGAAGGUGAUCCGAGACAAAACAGAUAUACCUUCGAACUACACGUUAUACACCUCAACAGUUCCUCUGUUAAACGACAGCACAAAACCGUGGUAUAGAAUCAGUGCAGAAGAUCACAAUGUCACUGAAUCUGAUAUGUCAGUGAAAUACGAAGAAGCCGGUGACAAAGAAGAGGUCACGAUAUGGUUGCCAGUGGUUCUGCUGUCCAUGGUCUUAUUUCUGUACAACAUCGGCCUGGGCUCUAUACCUUAUGUACUGAUAUCGGAGUUAUUUUCCGUUCACGUCCGCAGUCUGGCUUCUAGCUUCCUGAUCGCCUGGAUGUGGAUAAGUAACUUCCUGGUCCUUCGUUACUUUGGGACUAUCGCCAUCUCGCUCGGUCUGCACGCCACGUACUACAUCUGCGCCUCCAUCACACUCCUCGGCGCUGGAUACAUUUACUUAGUGAUUCCCGAAACCAAAGGCAAGAGCCGGACCCAAAUCACAGAAGCCUUGCAAGGACCCUGGCUCCUCUUUAAAACGAAACGGAAGAACCAACGAUGACAUUCAAAUUUCAAACUAACAGAAAUGAGGUCGGUAGACGUUUAUUAACCGUACAUACAUGGAGUUGCGCUUAAAGGUUAGCUUUUUUGGCCCCAAAAAAAGAUUUACUGAUAUUGUUUAAUAAAAGACGGUAUUUCAUAUGAAUUUUAGAUUAAUAUCGUGUUUUAAAUGGUGUGCUCAAGGUAUUAUUGAUACUGAAUAUUUACAUUAUUGAAAACUUGAUAAAUGAACCAGAUUUUAGUACGUUAUAGGUAAAACAAAAUGUAUAUUUAUCGCCGCUUACAGAUAGCAAAGCAUGUUACAUGAAUAAUAUUCAUAUGUGGUAUAUAUGUGGUUAACUUAUAUAUAAUGUUUAUAGAGAGAACUAAAUGAUAGAUUAAUUUGUUUUUUGUUAUAUGGUAACACAAAAUAGUCGCAAAUGGAGGAGCUUUCCCCUGUUGGUGUGUUUAAUGAUUUUUAUACGUAUUAAUAUAUAAUAUUUGUGUAACUAAAUGUUCGUAAUAGCAAUAUAAUUUUAGCCAAUUGUCUCGCGUAAGAAUUGUGUCAAUUAAAUGUAAGGUUUUUAUAGACAUAUAUUAAGCGCAAAUAUUUAAAGAUAUUGAAUACCAACCAAUAGAUCAUUAUCAACUAUAAGGAGAUAUCGGAAAUAUAUUUAUUUAAGAUAUUUAAUAUUAAUUUACCAUUAAAUUUAUCAAUAUAUGUGCCUUUGACAAGUCGAUCUAUCAAAUGUUCCAUGCCGACCACACAGCACGUUCUAAUUUUGUUAUCCAAAUGUUCAACAAAACUUUAAUUACCUCUAGAUUUUCGUUAGAUGUUUUUAACUUCGAUGUCUUAAUUAAUAAUUGUUUAUGGUGAACUCUAUGGCCGCAAAUAUUUUUAUGGCCUCGCAAAAAAAAAAACAUUUGUCUUACAAAAAAAACGAACAGAUAUCAGAAGAACAUUUCAUAUUAUAACUAUAUAUCAAAAUUAUUUCUCUCUACAAAAAAAAAUUCAUAUAUUUUUAUAAAUAAAAAACAAAUAUAAAUGCCCAAAAACUUCAGCUCACACGGAACGGCAUCUUAAAUGUGUUGCUAGUCAGAUUCUCAUUUAUAAAUACUGGGUAUAAUUUCUACAGUUUUAUAACAAAGCAAAAAACCUUUACCACGACCGAUAUUAACAAUAACAAUGAAAUAUUAUAAAGAGCAUACAAUACCCUUACUUACGGAUAAGUUAAACAAAUAAAAUAUUAAGCAAUCCUACUGGGAAAAAUAGCAUGUUCGAAACAAGUUUCUGUAUCAUUAGUGAACGUACAUUAAAACGUUUGAUUAUUGUUGGCAAGCGGGUUAUCACGGUUAUAAACAAAUAAAUGUUAUAACUUUAUUAAGUUAAUAUAAAAUUUCGACGGAGAUAUCAAACAUCGAGGCGGGCCGUUACAUUCCGUACUAAUUAUCUCAUUAAUACAAAUAUGUUAAACAAUUUAGUAUUUAAGCAUCAUAGUUUCAACGAAACAGUGAUAAGAAAUGUUAUUUAAUGUAAGACGAGCAAAACAAUAUCGUUUUCUAAGUAAGCGUUUAUAAUAUAUAUCUUUUGUUAUAUAUUAGUUAUUUGUCCUCAUUAUGUCAAAAGCUAUUUAUAUUUCAAUAAGCAAAAUAAAAUAACACUGACAUAUUUAUUUAUUUUGUCAGUAAAAACAUAUAAUAUUUUUCUUACUCUAGAUACACGAAAGAGUUACUAUAUAAUGUA